CAGCUAGCGCUUUCAGUCUAGUGCUCUGAUAUGGGACAUCAAGAUUGCCUCUCUGCCAAGAGCUGAAACCAUCCUUACCAGUACAGACUCAUUGCAGACGGCUUUACGUUUUAGUUUUUCUGUCCGUGGCAGAAGAAGUGUGGACUAUGUUCACUUCAGUUUAUUGAAGGAGGAGGAGUGGACAGACUGAUAUUGUGGAAAGAGAGAGAGAGAAAAGAAGCUCCUGUACAAGGAACUGAUCGCACAGGACAAAUUUAAAAAUGCAGAGGGCGAGCACAGCAUCUGUGACCCAGGCCACAACACAAAACACCACAGUCGUCACCAAAUCUAAAGAACAAAUCCUCACACAGAGCUCAGGAGCCAUGAUAGCUGUCAUCGUCAUUGGUAUAAUCAUCAUUCUCACAUUUUUGCUCAUAGUUCUCAAGACGUACAACAGGAGGACUCACGCGAAAAGGAUGCUGUCAGGAGGCUCCAGCAAACCCAGAAAGAAAGUGUCUUCAACCACAACAAACACAAACCUGCCCAUGAGCAACGUGGGCACCAGCUCAGCUUCUGGAAGCUUCAUUCAGUCAAACGCAUCCUCUGAAAAUGGCUUCCGAAUCCCUCGGGUCGACCUGGGAAACAUAGACCACAGUAAUGGAGAGCAUUUCAGCACCAACAGCGGCUCGACCAUAGUGACGAUACACGACAUGCCAUCAGUUGAUAACACAUAGCAGAUGUUCCCUAUACCCACACAUUUGAAGAUAACACACCAACAUGAACAAAGGACCUAAGGAAAGUUUUAACUCCUGCCAUCCCUGUUUAGGAUCUCAUGGAACUUUGAGGAAAGUCCACUUUAAAAGAGCGUAUUUAUGAAAAACCUGAGGAAAACUACAGACCUGACAUGAUUAUGGUUUUAUUUUUAGCACUCGAUUUGGUGAGGAAAUGUAGGCUAAAAGAUUUUAUCGCCUUGAGCUGGAAACAUUCAUUAAAAACUAGCCAGAAU